AGCUAGAAAACGUGUACCUCUCUCCCAAUUUACAAGUUUGUAUUUACUAUUUAGCAAUCCAUUCCCAAAAAAAAUAAAUUACACAGAGAGACGCAAAGAAAAGCACAAGAAAUUUUGUUGUGUUUUCUCUCUAACACCUCAAAACAAAGCAAAAGACGACCCAUCACCUCAAAACAGUCCACUAACCUUGUGUCUUCUCUCUCUUUAUCUGUCUGUCCCCUCUUCCACCGAUCCAAGUGAAACCCAGAAACAAAGUGAGACCAAAAUGUGUUCUUCAGAAGGUGAUUGCAGGCCUUUGGGUUUUCUACUCGGCCUUCCCUUUGCUUUUCUCUCCCUCAUCCUCUCCAUCGUCGGCAUCGUUAUCUGGAUCGUCGGAUUAUUGCUGACAUGCAUUUGUCCGUGCUGCUUGUGCGUGACGGUUAUAGUGGAGUUGGCUCUGGAGUUGAUCAAGGCCCCAAUUCAUGUCAUGGAGUGGUUCACUGAGCAAAUCCCUUGUUAAUCUUAUGCUCAUGGUUCUGCAGAUACUCUCUAUUUUUUUACUUCUUCUUUUGAGUUCUAUAGUUUAUGGGGGUAUGAGGUAUCCAUGUUCAUUAGCUUGCCUUGUCUCGCUGUAAAAUGUUUAGGAGAUGCAGAUAUUAUGGGAUUGCGGAUUGCGAAUUCUCUUUUUGAUUUCUAAGUCCUCAACUUUGGUUACUAUGAGACUAGAAUAAGAAUGGACAAAGAGAUGUGCUAUCUUACAA